AGACAAACACAAAUCAUCACAAUAGUCAGGCGUCAUUAUUAACAUCGUGUUUUGAUGUUCAGUGUUUUCAGCAUAAUUUGAAAAAGAAAAGACACAUACUUGCACAACAAGAAAAACUGUAAAAUACCCUUUAAGGUCAACAUUAGGUGUGUCUACUUGUAAAUGAAAGGAGGAGGAACUUUACUGAAAGUAGACGAUGAAAAAGGGUUUCAGUGCACAUUUUCACACAGAGCAGUGACACAAAAGGGAGUUAACUGUAUCCAAAUGUCUCCUUUUAGUUUAGAAUAUUAGGGGAAAUGGAUAAAUACACACAUCCCCUGUUUUUUGAAGUCAAAGGUCUCUCUGGCAAUGAUAUUCAGGAUAUCUGGAGAUACUUUCAGAGAGGAGAAGACUCUGGAGGUGGUGAGUGUGGAAUUCCUGCAGAGGUUGAAGGCAACACCUAUAAAAUCUGUUUCAAGGACAAAGAAGUUCAGGAGCGGGUUUUGCUGAGAAAGUUUCAUGCCAUCUCUAUUUCUGGUGGAAAACAGUAUUUAACAGUGAGCCAAGCAAGUUUACCUCCACAGACCCUCAAUCAGUCAGCGACCAGUCAGUCACAGGCACCAACAAAAGUGAUCACAAAACAUCUCGAGAGGACAUUUAACGUAGAUAUUUUCCUCCUGUAUUAUCUGAGAGACAAACCCAAGGCAUUAAAAAUUCUCCAGAAGCAGCUCUCUUAUAUCGGCUGCACGGUGGAAUUAAAAUUUGAUGAUGAAAAUGUUGUAGUUAGAGGUGACAGUCAGAGUCAGCCAGGAUGCCCUGCAGAGAAACAGGAGCUACAGCUGGAUCAGAUUUUCAGCCGUUUCAAUGAGAACUAUCUCUGCUAUCAUGUAUUUGAGCCAAAAAAGAUCAAGAUGCUGCUGCAAGACUCCUCCCUCAAGACAGAUGACAUCAAAGUGUACAAUGAGAAUGGCUAUGCUGUGGUUGUGGGAGAGGUCCAUGCUGUGAAGGAGAAGAUUGCAGAUCUGGAAAACAUUCAAUACACCAAAAAAGAGCUGCCAAUUGUGGAGAAGCAGUACAGGCGUAUAGAAGAAGAGUUCAAUCGAGAAAUGUUCGCUAACUAUCCAGAUGUUAAAGUCGUCAGAGGUAGUGCCACAAUCACUUUGGAGGGCCCUGACACAGAUGUGCAGUCAGGAGCUGCAAAACUAGAUGAACUGAUUAAGAACAUAAAGGAAAAAAGAGUCAAGUUCCCCACAGCUCUGCUAACCUUCAUCAAAACCAGUGGAGCCAUCUCCAAAUACCAAGCUCGUUUCCAGCAGAGCCUCAGAAACCCUGUUUUCUUUGAGGUGGGUUCAGAUCUGGUUCUGUCCAGUUUGUCCUCUGAUGCUCUGAAUGAGGCUGAGGCAGCAGUGAUGAGAGACUCAAAGUGACCACUGUACAG